AUGGAUCAAGUACAACAAUAUACUGAAUCAUGCAAACAAUUUUUUAAGGAUUCAUAUCGUUUAAUUAAAAAAUGUACUAAACCCGAUCGAAAAGAAUAUCAAAAGAUUGCUAUGGCAACAGCUAUUGGAUUUGCUAUUAUGGGUUUUAUUGGUUUUUUUGUUAAACUUAUUCAUAUACCUAUCAAUAAUAUUAUUGUUGGUUCAUAA